AUGGAGGGAGAAAUAGCAACACUCCAGGAUCAAAUGAAGUUGCUAUUCCAGCAGAAGCAGCAGCAAAUGGAAGACCAGCAACAAAUGCUGAGGCAGCUUAAAAACAGUCUUGAAGAGAAAAUGGAUGCCUCUUAUCAGGGUAUCAAAGACUUCAUGGAUAAACAGCUGCAAGAGGUGAAAAGUGACCUAGAAGCCCAGGUAGUGGACUCCAGGAGGAGAAUUGAGGAAGUAGAUGACAAACUGAUCAACCUGGACUAUAAGGCGUUUAAGGCAAUAUCCAGAACCCAAAAUGCUUUGGCUGACUUGGAAGUAGCCAACAGAUAUGAAAAUGAAGAUAUUUAUAAAGGAUUACAGGCACUGGAAAUGAAACUGCAAAUUGUGAAGGAAGAGUGCCAACACACCCGUGGUGCAAGUGGCUUGGUGAGAAACCAGCAACCAGCAACUGUGCGCAAGAAGACCCCCCCUAAGGGGCAGGCAGGUGUAGCUGAUGAAUUCAAGAAGCUCUCUCUGUAUGAUGGCAAGACUCCUUUGGAAGCUUAUCUUUCAGAGUUUGAAACAAUCUCCCAAGUAAAUGGCUGGGAUGAAAAACAAAGGGGGGAAUUGCUAGCAGCCAGUCUUAGUGGGUCAGCUCAGGAAAUCCUGCAGCAUCUCCCAUCAGAGAAAAGGCAGAGCUAUCCUGAUCUGGUGAAAGCCUUAAGUCGGCGAUUUAGACCAGGGCACCGUGCUGAGCUAGCCAGGGCCCAUUUCAGGAGUAACAGGAAGAAGAAACUAGUGAUCCCUCCAGACUUUGCUGAGGACUUGAAGACUCUUGCAGAAAUAGCAUACCAGGAGGGCAAAAAGGAAACAGAAGAUGCACUGGCAAAGGAAAGGCAGAGUGAUAUGGAGGGCAGCUGGAAGGUGCCGCGCCCAAAGAACCUGCAGAAAUCCAUAGAAUUCACCAAAGAGAUAGAAACAUUUCUUGCCGAGACCAGAAAAGGAAGAGGAGAAGCUUUCUUGCAGGAAGUCUUGGGGGGUAAGUACACAUCCUUUUCUACUGCAAAUGGGAAUGUGGGACAGCCUGACUGUGCAGCUAAUGUUUUAGAUUGGUUAGAGGAGUUCCUAAACUUGGUUGAAAAACCCAGGUAAUUGGUAAUGGCAAAGGGUUGAGGGAUAAUGUGCCAUUGAGGUGCUGGCACUGUAACAAAAUUGGCCGCAAAAAGAGAAUUGCUAUCUUGCCAAGGGAAGUCAUGCGAGAGGUUCACAAGUGCCAAAAGAUUAUGAAUGAACCGGUGUUGGAAAAUGGGGUGCCAGCAAGCCGAAUGGGCAAAGCUUGGAGGGAAUAAAGGAAGUCUUGCAGUGUGUGCCCAAAUCUGGGUAAUUAGACUGUAAUAAUAGUAGCCUGGCAAUUAGCUGUGAGGUUGGUGGUGUGAAAUGCACAGAGAUAUUUCAUAUGGAAUCAAGCAUCACUGUUCUUUAAUCUGACAUGCCAGGCUUAUUCAGAAAGGAAAUGGCUCUUGUAAGAAGGGUUGCCUGGUCUCAGAUAGAGACCACCAGUAGUAAUAUUAGUAUAUUAGUUAUAUAAUAUUAGUAUAUUAGUUAUAUAAUAUUAUUAUAUUAGUAUAUAAUAUUAAUAGUAAUAUUAAUUAAUAUAAACAAAUUAAUACUAUUAAUUUAAUUUUUUACCUUUCCACCCACCAUAAAGUCCCAGGGUGUGUUACUACAACUUAAAAAUUUCAAUAUUAAAAACACUUUAAAACGAAUUGCAGUCACAUGUAUAGGGCAGCUCCUAUAUAGAUGUAGAUAUGAUGUUAUCAAUUAUAAAACUAUUACAGACAACAGCAGCAUUUCAGCAAAUCUGCAGACUCUGAAUAGCCUACAUUUCAUUCACCAAACGCCUGGGAGAAGAGAGAGGUUUAACCUGGUGCCAGAAUCAUAUCAAAUUUAGGGCAUUCUGCAUCUCCGGUGGAGAGAAUCCCACAAUCAAGAUGUCAUUAUAGAAAUGGCCUGAUUCCAAGCCAACACCCAGCAUGCUGGAUUAGCAAAUGCUACUUGAUCACAUAGCGGCAUUUCCAGAGAAAUCCAUCUGGCCCAGUUUUCAAAGAACCAAACAGGUGACAGAGUUUCUUAGCCUCUGAAAGAGACUUUUACUUUUAAUGAAAUUUUGUUUGUUUGUUUGUUUCUGAAGGGAUAGAAGAGGAAGAGGAAGAGGAAGACGAAUACGAAGACGAAUACGAAUACGAAGACGAAUACGAAUACGAAUACGAAGAGGAAGAGGAAGAGGAAGGAGAAGAAAAGCCAGAUCCAUACCUCCCCCCCUUCUCCACUGACAAGAAAGAUCCACCAAAAGAGGAGGAGCUGGGGGCCUGUGCCAAGCCUUAG